AUGUCUCGGUCACAAAAAAUAUUAAAGUUAGUGAUAGAUAAAGAAGAAAUAAGUGACUAUUUCGCCGUGCAGGACUCCAGAAUUUCAAAUAAUGUAAACGAAAAUACGGACAAUCAAGGCCUUGGAGUUGUAAAACCAGAAUCACCAUUACCCCCUGGAGCGGAAAUUAUAGUCGACCAAUUAAGGGAAGUAGCGCAAGAAGUAUUUGCAGAUGGCGAUGAAGAUCAAAAUUUAGUUGAAGACUUAACACCAUUUGGUAUAGAAGAUGCCAACACCAGUUUUGAGGCUUCUCCUCCUGUGGUCAUCGAAGAAUUUGAGAACAUUGUUGCCAGUACACCUAAAUCACCCUUAACAAUUCCUACUCCCAUGCCUUCACCGACUAAUAGUCACAAGACAUGUAAUGACCUAUUUUGUGCUUUACACGAUCACUGGACAGACGCAGUACCAUCUUCACCAAGUACUCUUUCCAAAAAUUUGAUGGCGUCUCUGAUAUAUACAUGGACAGAAGAGGACGUCAUGCUAAUCGUAAAA